AUGGUACAGGAAGAAGAUGACCAUGGGCUCACUGAGUGCAUGUGCGUUAUACGGGCGAAGGCAGAUACGGUACGUUUGCUUGCACUGGCAGUUAAUUUGCCGAUACCAUUGCUUGUACCGCUGUCCUGGGGUCAAAAUAGUCUGAGGUACACUCGGCAGCUGCUCGACUUCAGCGGUUGGUCUGUAUGGCUCUCUUUUGCAACUUACUUCAGAAGUUACCUUUGGCUGUAUAUUGUUUGUUUUAUUAUUCAGAUUUUACAGCUUGUACUAAAUCUGGUCGUUUGUUUGUUCGGCCCACCAUUAUCGACUCUGACACAGAAAUUCAAACGAAAUAUAAAGUUGAGCUAGGGCAGUAAGUUUGUCCAGCGUCUCCAAUUAUUUUAUAAGUAUCCCCAACUGCUGGAAGCUGAGAAAAUAGUAAGUUUAUGUCUCAAAGACGUUCACACUUCUCGACUGUACAUUUAUCUUACUUGCAUGUAGUAUGGCUGUGACCACGACAGUUCAUUAACCAUACAGGCGCCGAAGAGCAACGUGAGAAUAGCCCCUAAACCCCCCCGCUCCUCUGAAUGCUCAAAAGUACUCGCCAAGGGUAAUUGGCGUUAUCACUUCCCUAAAUGACCUGACGUACUGAUCUGUGGGUGCUAUGAAUAAGACGUCAUAUAUAUUGCUUACCCUUGUGCAUCGGAAUAAUAUCGUACCUAUGGAAAAUUCUAGAAUAUUUUCAGAAAGUGGGAAGCAGAUCCGUUUAAGAGGCCUUCGGUAAGGGUUAAGUAUAUGUGCGGCGUAAGGAAAACUAUGGAAUACUGCCUAUAAUACUUUCAAAUGUAGGCGUUUUUCGGUAGAGUUUUUGAUCGACCUUUCGUCGGCAGGAGGACAUUCGCCAACCCGUACCACCCCGAGGCGUCUGUGCUGCUGAAAUGUUUAUAUUGGUUCGUUGUUCUGUACCCCCACACGUAACUCUUUAGUAAGAGGAAAGCUCAUUUUAAGAGAUAAUUCGGGACGGAGAGCAGUCAGGUAGUAAAAAAAGUACUCAAACUAUUGUUAGAUGGAACGCAUAGGUCUACCAGUAAAGUAGGAGUGUUAAAACGCUGGUGAAUUAGUUAAAAAAACAGGUAUCAUUCUCUUAACCUGCGCAUCUACUUAACUCUUACCAGGUUUUCUUUGAAAGACAUACGAAUUGAUGCACUUGACCAGGACAGUCAAACUACACGGGAACUCUAUGGAUAUCUUAGGCAUGUUUAAGGACUGUUGGUUUCUAAGGCCUCCGGUAGGAUAUAAUACUAGCUGCAGUAGUAUUUUUUUCUUGGAGUAUGCUUGAGAUUCCAAAAACCAGGCGUGGACAGAAAUCUAUGAAACCUGUAAAUCAACUGCAGCACGAGUUGGUAUUCCUAAUUUAUAGCCACAAGGUUAAAACAGCCUAAACUAGAUCAUUUAGGUGGACCUGGAUGUUCGGUUAGUAUCGGAAAACAAGCUUGGGUUGGCCCACUUUGCCAGCUUCUCCGUCCUCUAUCGCCUGGCUUAUCCGACUGGUGGACAGUCAUUCGAAGGAAAAUUCUCUCUUCAGUGUUUUGAUUGGUAGAACCUAUGAACUGGCUAACUGGCCGCUGCAUCAUCCUAUCAAGUUUCAUUUCUUUGGAGUUCUCGCUGAGACUUUUGGGGAUAUGGUUCACAGCAAGCGCAAGCGCCCCUCACUCGAAUUAAAGUGUGAGCCUGGCCUGUAGGGACUCACCACCGUCUAAGAACGUCAUCAUUCGUUUGCCAGAACGCACUUUUGAACGCACGGGCUGUAUUAGUUAUUUAAAUAUCUCUCACUUUCCUGCUCUCUUCCACACAUACACACAAACACACUCAAACGAUAUUUCGGUGGCCGUAAGCCACGCGAUGCGUCCGGCCAUGACUAUUGCGUAAAUUCACUUACUCUGAAACAGAACUGUGCCAUACAUACCGCGUUCCAGUUACAAGUCCGGCGUCCGGGUGUUGGCAAUAGCUGGAGAAGAUAACCAUCCCGCCCGCACUAACCACACACGACCUAGACUCUGGCCCCAUAUGCAUCGGGCUUCGCCAAGGUGGGCUCUAAGAUCGGAAGUAGGUGACACUGUCAUAGAGGUCUCAUUAAGAAGCCACCACUGCAGCCCGACCCUAAUUCUCAAGGAGAGUAGAGUUGUCCAGUUAGCUGACAAUCAUUCGAGUCGGGAUUUGUGGCGCGUCGUGAUAGGUUCAAGCAUCUUCGAUUUAGUAGGGUAAGGGAUGCGUUGACUUGUCAUGCAGUUGGAGUCUUCCUCAAUGUUGAUCUAUCUCCCAUCUUACAUGUAACACUGAACUGUACGAGCAUGCCAGCCGAUUGGCGAUUACGUUGGAUUCAGCGACCGACAUAAUAAAAAAGCCUCCCUCAAAACUUACAAUAAGCGUGUGCGGUUAGUAGUUAAGGAUUUAAGCAAAUCCAGCACGGCGAGAGAGAUAGAGGGCUUAAUGCAAAAUCCUCAAGGCCACCCAAGACAGUUCUUCAUUUGGUUGUCUUGCCACUCAUUACAACUCCCUGUAACUAAAGAGCGCUUGAUAACCGGCUUCUGCAUGCGUUUCUCGGACUGUAACUCCUCUAUGGCCACAAGGAUUAUCAAAGAUCCAUAGAGACUUUUUGUGCUUAGAACCAGACGAUUUUCGGUGAUACCGUAGUAAAUGUUCGUCAAAGAUAUGUCACGGCUAUAUCCUCGUAUGCUUGCUGACGAGUGCGAGCUGAAGUGAAGCAACUCACUUUGAGUUAUUUGUCUAAAAGACACAGCCUUACAUAUAAGGGACCAUAAAUCUCUUUUAUACAUUGAAAUAAACAUCAAAUUUCGGUCUACACCUAUAAGCCUUAGGAUAUGCUGAUCUACUCCAAGUUCGCAGUUAAUUUCUGAGGAAGUUAAAAAGCAACCAUUUGUAAACUGGACUGUCUAUCAGAAAGCAAGCGGAGAAUGCCAGGGGGACCCACUGAAGAGCCUAACCCUCUGAAGAUGUGCCAUGCAGUGGGAGAAUAUAAGUGAAACACGCAUGUCUGGGCUUUUAGCGAGUACCUGUGUUGCCAGUACGGUAUCUAGUGGCUCUAAAAUUUAAUACUAGCUGCCUGUCGGCAGUUAACGAAUGCUAGAUGGUUGUCCCGCUGUGGCUGAUGUACUUUGGCCAAAAUAUUCAUGCAUCAAAUUUCUGUGUGCGCAUAUAGACCUUAGCAUAUUACUGAUGUACUCCAAGUUCGCAGUCACUUUCUGAGAAAACUAAAAAGUUACAAUGAACUGAACUUUUAACCGGUCGAUGAAAUUCACUCGAGCAUGCACUAAAGCGCAUGACAGCGGAACAUUGUCUUAAAGCAAGCUUUACCUUUUUUCAAAAUGCAUUUUUUAAGACAGUUUAAAAUAGUUUGCGCGUCUUUCUUUUGACAAAAGUUAUCGAAAGACGGCAAAACCCGUUAAAGUUUUACCAGACACACUCCCGGCUGUGCUGAUGGACGCCUGCGGGUAUUUGAUGAACCGGCGGCACUUCAGAAAUGCGCACUUAAUUCCAUACAUCUAGAUAUCGUACUCAAGUAGAAUUAAGAUUGCGGUUACAGUGAGACAUUUAUUUGCAGCUGUUAGGAGGGUUUCCAGGAGAUCAAUUCUAGAGUCUUUUUAAAUAUUUGGGUAGUUGUGAGGUUUUUCUGAAAAGACGUUUGGAUGGAUUUUGCUGGCCCAUGCUUGUAAAGUUUCCCCAGAAUGUCUGGGCUCAUUUUAAAGUUUACUUUAUAAUUUGGCUCGAAGGAUUGGACAUGGUUCCAAUCCGCGACUGCCAGACCACAUUUCAGUGUGUGGAAAAACCGUUGAGAAGAUACACUGCUGUAGUAACUGCUAGGUAAUGCAACUAACAGCUGAAAUGUUACUCAUGAGCCACGUGAUCCAACCACUCGCCUUCGCGCUGGAGGCAUUGUAACUAGUCGAUAUUCCCCUAUUUCUCUCACACAGGGUGCGUCUACUUAAGCGCCGCAGGAAGGCUUAGUGAUCAAGCCUGUUUUUAACCGGAUAACCCCUCAAAGUGGGCUUCAUGAACACAGAUUUCUAAAAUACUGGGGAUUUUACCCCUCCAUUUAUGGUUGCUGAAUCGAACCAAUGUAACUUAACGUUACAGCCUUACUCUAUGUCCAGUGUUUAUGAAACUACUAACGGAUAUAAGUGGACUCCUAAGAAAUCAAUGUAAAAGAUUUAUAUGACAAUUACUGUUGGACGCUGACAGGACCCGAAGUUGGUUGCCAGGUGCAAGUUAAUAAUUUUCAAGUUGUGCUUGCACGUGUAGGCUGAAAUUUACAGAAAUUCAUGUACGGGAUCCUUUUCUAAUAGGUAGGCCUUCCCACUGAACUGCCCGAAAACUCCCGCAAAAACUUGCCCGUCCUCACAAUGGAUUCUCAAGUAUUUCACCCGCUUGUUGAACCCCUGGUUCUUGUCGCCGCCUAUACGAAGGUAGGUUUUUAGUUUUAAAAUGACUUGCAAUGUAAUGCUGCUUGUCUUGGCGAGUAUGAGCAUGAUCCUCAGCUGCGGUCUACAGAUGGUGCUCAGCACAUUUGGGUAAGAGAAUCUGGCGGAGAAAUGUCCAUUGAAAACCACAGCACUUUUUCACUUACUUUACUACAAAGAUUAAGUUAUCGCUUCUUUAUGCACUGGCUACAUUAAAUGAUUUACAGUAGUUAAGAAAGGGACCGAUGAGAGUUUGCUGAAAGUAGAGUAUAAUCGGAAAAUAUCCUGCUAUUCCCGCAAUUCUGCAAAAAUAAAGUCGGACUGAAAGCGGUAUCUUUGUAUUACUCAGCCUCUCUUCUGUAAGACAGAUACGAUGAAUUCACUAUGUGAUAUCUCGGUCUCUCGCGAAAUUUCUUUUCACGCUUUAUGUAGUCCCUUCCCUUCCUCAACACCUUUCUCGAUGGGGACUUAAGUUUGCGAUUUUUGGAGUCCGCUUCAGUCCUUCUAAAUGAAGCCGUCAUGAAAACAAAGGAGGCCAACUCCAUACUAAACAAUCCCGUGUUAGAGGUCAUCGAAGAAGAUUUCGACAUUUAUCGUCACUUGAAUACUCCUAAGGCCCUGGACACUGGGUUUGGGGCCUCUUCAAAGGAGAGGGACCCGAUUUUCAUGAUUGGCUUCUGUCAACUCUAUCUGGCUGACACUUUGAUGCACUGCUCUGUCGCUUCACUGUCUAUCAAGUUGCUUACAUGUCCGGGUGAGUUAGCCUUCAUUGGGCUUUUACUAUCCAGGUUAAUGCACUCAUUUCCAUUAGUGAAAUUAUUUUAUUACAACCUGUACAAUUUUCAAGCCACUCCGCGUUUGCUGAGUCAUUUUAAGAAGGAGUUACCCCUAUGGGUUUGUCCCGAGUACCAACUUCUAUAUGGCUGACCUAUUCCACUAAGGAGAGACAAAAGUCUUAUUGACAAAGAAAGUGAUCACGGUCAUUAAAAAAACAAAAAGCGAUUUUCAAAAAACAGACCUUGAAUGAAGCGCCGCUGUUAAGUUUAAAUUUAGUCAGGAAGGGAAGGAAAUUUCAAGCAAUGGGAACGGUUAAUAAUAAGUGAUGUUUACUUUCACACUGAAUUUUAGGUAUAUUUUUGGAGAUGCCAUCUACUUGGGGUUCCUACAACAUAUCUUUACCCAGCUUAUUUUAUUUGACGGAAGUGUGGGUGUUGUACCUUUGGGCCCCUAUCUGUUACAGGCAAUGGACGUAUAUCAAAAAGUUGCAAACGAAACACCAAACAGCUACAAAAUAAUUAUCGAAGUCGAAUAGAUAAACGUAUCAUUCCAAGUGUUAGAAAUGCUUGCACUACCAUGCAGGUUGUAAAGUAAACAGACUAUGCGUAACUGCGCUACAGAGACAGUAGUACGGCUUAAAUUACCUGCAGGCGCCAAAGUGAAUGACAGGAUGCGCGCGUGGUGACAAAAUUCAAAAAGAAACACUACUGACGUAUAGACAGUAACGUGUUGUUGACGUUGAGCGCCGGGACAGUAUUGGUCGGCUGGCAUUAAGAUGUGUGAUGCAUGCUGAUCAAGCUUUCGCUUAAUAGUCUCGACAGAUGUGAACAUAGCGAUAUCUACAGGCAGCGCAUCCCAAACUUUGACCACUUUUUUGGAGGAUAACUUCCGUGCGUUCAAACUGGCGCCAGUCACACGUAGUUUGAAUGAAUGACUUCGCGGGUUCUUUGUGGUCGCUAACUCAAAGAAGUUUCCAGAUACAAGACCGCAGUCUUGUAUCAGGUAGUUUCUUACCUGUCUGUAACUCAGAGGAAAGAUAUCAUAACUAGGUAACAGUGUUUCAUUGGGUAGUGAGCCCCGUACACUAAUGAGUUUGGUCUCACGCCUUUAACCUUCUCGAGGAUACUAAGGUCUUUAACGAUCCAGGGUUUCUGCGCUUAAAUAGCGAGCUCCAACUGUGGCCUCACAAACUUUCGAAACACAUUGACGAAACAGUCUCCAUUAAAGGUAGAGAAAGUCGGUUUGACAAGGAACAGGGCUGAUAUCGUGGACUUGGCUAACUUUGAGCAGCGUCGCGACGGCUUAGGUGAAGUCAUUAUCCACACCCUUAAGUCCUUAUUUCCUGUAACAGUACGUCCUUUAGGUGAUAAAUCCGGCGGUUAUGAGAUCGGGUCUGGGAGACUUACAGAAUGAUGUACUUGCUCACAUUCAACGGCAGAAGGCAAUCCUGCAACAAUUUGCGGACCGGAUCGGGUUUGCCUGCAAACGUUAUUCGUCAAAUUCGGUUCGCCCAUCAUUUACUUCUUUUCUAAAAUUUGUGUUUACUGCUGGGGUCUGUUGUUCAGUCCCUUACGCGAAAUGGUUAGUUGCUGAGAAGAAUGUGCAAUAACUCACUGAACUGUUCCCAGUCUUCGACUAGGUUGCUGAAAUAUGCAGAUUCCCAGUUUAUUCUGUUUAUUUCGGCUUUAAUUUAGACGAAGUCGCCGUACCAAAUAUUUCUCCCAACUCUGGUGGGCUGUUUGGUCGUUCGCGUGUUUGUUACAAGUGGGUUUCUGUGGGUGAGAUUACAUCUGGAGCUAGAUCACAGAGGUGGAUCUUCAGAUCGUCUAGUUUUGAUAACAUACUCUGCGAAUUGGUGUAUAUGAAACUGAGUUUUCGAUUUACUAGAGAAAUGGUUUCGAUGCAGUUCAAAACUUUGUCUCUUGUGUCGGCUGCGCGAUCAUCCAGAUCGGUUAUUGUAGAUGACUUAAUUCCGUUCUCCUUCACUGAGCCUCUUUUUCAAUUCAAAAAUUAGUAGACGAAGUUUCGGUCUUUCUUUGGGGAGCAGUCCGGUUGAAAAAAACGUCUGGUUUGGAUUAUUUUAUUCUAAAGUAUCUGGCUUGUUCCCUACAGGCCAGCAAAACUUUUGAAGGUCGGGCUCUUGUUGAUACUGGCUGAUCGUUUGUCCGUUUUCCAAGACGGAAGGAUUUGAGCACUUCAAUUGCCUCAGCGGGUUCAAAAAUAUUAUUCAGCAGACUUUUGAAGAGCGUUAGGUCUUCCAAAAGCAUCUCCUUGGGGGUGUUGGCGUUUGAUUCAGGAAGCUCCUGAAUAAUGAGACAUUGCUCUCUGACGACUUUGUUAAUAUUUUCUGCUGAUGUGUCGUUUUCUAAGGGGUAUCAUGGUGGAUCAGAUGUUCGUUCGUGGUUUUGUUGUUUAACCCAUGCUUUGACAGACUUGGAAGAAGCCUUACGCACGAGCGGCCGUGAAUAAUGGCCUGUAGUUUCGAUGUUUGACUAGACACCACUGCUUGUGCUGAGUUCAUUCAAUCUGAAAUUUCUCUGAGCGGUGUUUAAGGUCUUAGGACUCUCGACAUUAAUCGCUGUUGACUGGGCGGUUGUCGAAGUCCCUGGUUUGGAUGCCUUGGAAGUGUCCCUCGGAAGCGGCUGUCCAUUUACAGGAGCUUUUUUGCCCAAUCGUCGGGCAAAUAAAAUUCUUGUUCCAGCGAUUGCUUGUCUUUCUGUCGGACUGUUUCCUGGAACUUGCCUCUCUGCUUACCUCGACAUCAGCAGUCCUCUGUCGGAAUUAUUUGGAUUGCCGGCAAUGCAAACGCAUCAGAGAAUAUAGAUUUCUUUGCACAUGAAUGGCUGAACACAUAUUAUCCAUGAGAAGUGAUAACGCUAACUCGUAUUCGUGGUUUAUUAGUUCCAAUUAGGUGACCUUUCCAAAUUUGAAGAGUCCUGAGCUGUUUUCGCCGGAGUUCUGACGUAAGGGCACUAUCAAUAAACAUCCUACCCUCCUCAAGCCGCACUCUGUCUGGGCAGGGUUAGGAACUCAUACUGGAGGCAAGCAGAUAAAUAUUACUCAGAAGGAACAAGAUAAUCAAGUCGUUAUCGUGCCACUUUCCAAGGCUGACUAUGAGGGCUCAGCAUUAAGCGACUGGAAGCGGCCCUCGAGGCAAUGGUUGCGCCGAUUAUGAAAACUCACAUUGCAGACUCGGCGAAUGGCGAUUGUGGUGUUUCAUGUCAAUCAGUAGGAUUGUGGAUAUAUAGCAACCCGAUUUUAGAAAUCUUGGAUCAUUUUGCAUCCCAUUCCCACCCUUUUUGAUGAUGGAUUCGAAUAUACAUCUAAAACGUGAACGGAUUAAGGCUCUUGCUCUAGUGUUCGCAUCUACACCCGUUUACUCCCCACCCACAGUUCACCUUUUUUAAAAACGACAGUUCGACUGUAGCAUCCGACUAUGUCCACCGUGUGCUCCACAGCAAGGUGAAGCAGGUACGGUGACUUGCGCGUGAUUAAGUUUAUGGUGAAUGGAGACUUGCGCAGCAUCUACCGCACAACCCCUCCUCCCCCACCUGAAUCGAUGUCAAGACAAAGUCAAGAAGACCGGAGGCUGGGAUGGCGCAGGUGAAUGGCACAGUGGAGCCCACACCUUUGCCCUCCAUUCCACACCUCUUGUUCCAUACAGCAAAUUACCAGGAUUUUAACCAACUACAACAAACGGUACUGGCGCGGUCGAAGUCGUGUCCAUGAUGGUGCUCCGGGUGCUGGUUAACCAGUCUCUGUGCAAUGGAUCCGCAAGUGACCGACCACGCUGACGUGUGAGGUGAAUGCGUGGGCGCAACAAGGACAGGUUGGGAGCGAGUGAACACCGCAGGAAGCGGGGGUGUUGCUGGUGAUGGUAGUAGAUGACGGGACGCCGGUUGUCGUCUCAUAGAUAGGGAGGGUGCGAGAAGUCGUGGUGUUGGCGGUGCUGUUCGCUGUGAUCAGCUUAGGGGUUCGAGCGGAUAGAUGAUGUCGGUGAUCGGUGGCAGCGUGGCAUCGACAGUGUAAUCACCCGUGACAUGGAUGGUUGUCGUCGUGGGGUUUUAGGCUGGGAUGACAGUAUGGGUGUUCGUUGACGGAGGAGUCAUCGUUGCCGGGUUGUUGCAGCAUCGCUUCCGAAGGUAUCUUACAAGGCCGAUUCGCUAGCGCGCGCAUACUGGAAGUGGCUGGCUGUUGGCACUGUGUAGUCGAGGCACCUGUGACUUUCGAUUCACACACACGUCUUGCCUGCAGUUUCUAGCCGCCACAGUCAUUGCUGACGAUUAGUUUAGGGGGUCUGUAAAAACACAAUCCUCGAUGGAGAGAUGGAUUGGCUGGAUUAACUAAACAAGAGUUUAUUAAGGUUUGAUGAUGCCAACACAGUCAAAAGUUGGAACAAAUCAAAGGGUAAAAUGGAGUUUUGUGAACUAAAAGGGAAACGGAAAUUGUGACAACAGACCUGCCAGGACAAAAUAGGAUAGGACAGGGAAGACAAAUUCGGCGGCACUGGUUGGGGUGGACUGUAGACGGUAACAGAUCUGCCGAUCGAAAAGCCUCGUCUGGAAGGUUCGUGGGCCGCUGCUAUGCUACAGCUGACCUUCAGCACUGCUACGAACCACGAAACGCGAACACAGGCAUGGUAAUGAUGACCAGUUAAACUGCAAAAACUGGUAAACAUGGUUAUUCCUCCCUGAGCUCCAACGGGUGCCGUGACGGUAGGUGGCAUAAGCAUGAGUACGUAGACCGCCAGGGCGAGUUUCUAUUGAGCACACUUUUGUCAUAUUUAUCUCGGUCUUUUUUGCUUCCGUGUUGACGACUUAACGUUCGAAUCGCGCUCAUUUACCUAUUCCAGAAAUGUUGUGCAGUCAUAUAUCACUACUGUCUAGACGCAUUCCUUCCUGCUAUCUCAUUUCACGAGGAAUUUUAGAUUCUUAUCAUUUUCUUUCAUCCAUAUUUUGAUAAAUCAAUGUGGAAGACCAGGUCUUCCCCUUGACCUUCAAUCCCUUGCAGUCUUUGCAUUGUUGCAUGUGAACUGCCUUCAGCUAUGUCAGGAGUGACGUCAUCGUGAUGUUCACUCUCUUUUGCCGUCGGGUUCUGUAAAUGGCACAAAAAUUUAAGGAGCAUAUGAUUUGGAGGACCUUGUUUAACGUCCACCUGGCCCCAAUAUCCCCCAUUGUAAGUGUUCCCACAAUGCAGUUUCUGUCUCCACAUAAUACUGAAUGCCACUCCUUCGGUUCGAAACGUCUACAAUAUUAACAUGAAAAGUUGAUCGGAGCAAACCCAACAGUCAAAUCCAACCCAAGGCCUAAGUGCCUGCGAUAAAUGGACGCGAGAUUUCCAUCCUUGCCUCGGAUAGUUCCAUUUGCCCCAGGUGGUUAUGUACAAAGGUUGGUAUCCAGACAUCGAGUGAAAUACAAGUAAAGCUUUUGUAUGAGUUCACCACUUUAUGGCAACCACCCUUCGCCGUCUUUAUGCACACUUCUCUGAGCACAUAGCUUUGAACUAAAGGCGUAAUGUACCUUUGGACCACAUAGAUAAGACCUCGAACAUUCAGGUGGUUCAGCGAAACCUAAAAAGUCCAACCUCCGUUGUAAGAGAGACGACCCAGAGCCUACCGUUUCGAAAUUGCGCGUCGGAUCCCCUAGUAGAACUGGAAAUAACGUCAUUUUCCCCGUCAAAUUGUCCGGAUUCGAACUCUACCUUGUCGGUGCUUACAAGUUAAUAUCCAGACAAAAGUAUUGCUAACAUUUCACACGUAGUUCCUGAAAGGAUGAAAAUUUCUGCCCCUCCCCCUUGUGGCAUAACUGUUAGCAAUCUGCGUUUGGGGGAGUAACCCCUGGAAAGGUUUCUCCUAGCGUUUCAGCGACUGGGAUGUUAAUUAGCCGGCCUGUCGACGAGAAAAGAAUAUAGCGAAUGGAGUCUGAUAACUUGGGAACUAGUUGUGUGCCUCUGGAAGGCUUGCACGGAAUUUCGCUGACUGACAUGGUGAUUACCUCAUUUGUUAAUCCGACGGUUACCGGCAUCUCCAGAAGUAACUUGCACUGACUGCCAAAACGCUACGUGAAUCAUGCGAAGAGGUCUUCGGGUGCGAAAGGAGAAUCAGCACGCAAACUACUCAGGACAAUGAAGAAAAACGCAUGCUGACUGAUGCGGCGGUGUGUUCAUACACUGUAUAUAGCGAAAAGAGUCCCUUUGAAGGCCCCGCAGACCUUCCGACUUGGGUUGCUGUUAAGGAAGUCAACAGGCAGCGGAUACAGAAACUAUUUCAAAGAGUAGUAGGGGUAAUAGGUUUAGCAGACAGGAAGUCAAGGGAGCGUGUAUUUCGAACUCCUUCGAACGCGACCAUAUGAGCCAUUUUGGCGACUGGACUGUCAGAUCUCCACCGUAACGCAUAAUUCUACUGCCGCAGGAGCGGGUGGGGAGGCAUGAAUCUGCAGCAAACUCUCCAUGAGAAUACAGCACCUUUUCGAUCGACGUAAAGUACGUUUAAGGCUCCGUUGCCCCUCGACUCGGUGAUAAAUAUCAUCAGAUGUGGUUAUUCCUCUGUAAGGAGGGUCUAAGCGUUUGUGUGACCAAGCCCAAUCAGCCCGUCCACGAGUGGCACACACGACCUUGUCCCCAGUCACACGCUUGCCAGAAUUUCAACGAUGGGGGUCACGGAGCUUACGCAAACGAUAAUGCUAUCAAGGUCAAAUGUGAAGGGGAAACAUUGCAGGCUUCCCUCCUAAUUCCUUGAAUUUUUUUCCUGCAGUUGCUGGUCCACGAAGACAAUAUUAGGGUUUCAUGACUUUUUCUGGAAUCAACUAUCGAGAAUAAGUCCUUACCCAAGACAUAAAUAAGGACGAGUAACGAGCCCAGUAGAGAUUUUGCCAGUAGUGUUGAAAUGGCAUAUUCUUCGGUGUUUGUUGCGACUUCACCCAUCUAAUUUGCGUUUGUUUGGGUAAACAACGAUCGCGUGCUUGAAGUGCUGCGAGGUUUACUUGUCCUCACACCUCUUGGAAUAGCUAUUUGAUUUUGCCCACAAGGCAAGGGCCACCGUACUGGUACAUUUCGACGGGCAUUCAAUUCGUUCAAUUUUGUGCUAUGGUUUCGUCGCAGGUCAUGCCAGCGUGUGUUCGCCUACGAUUCUCCAUGUAUGCCGACUACUAUCGUGCAUGAUGUAAAAUCUUACCCUAUCAUGUGGGUAUCAGUGUUGAGACUUUGUUUGCUUUAUGCACGGAAAUGGGAUCUUCUGAAAGUGGCAUAUAGUUUGAUAAAGAAUAACAAGUAACGUUAAAGUGGCGCGACACUAGUACACGAGGACAGCAUCAAACUAAGAAAUGAUGACGGUAACCUGUUCGAAUUUUUUCCCUAGAUGCUCAGCGCUGGUUGGAUAUAUGGGAGGCAUCCCACGACCAAGUCUUCAAGUUAAAAGCCGCCAAAAUUCGUGCCAACCUAGAGACGCACAUCUAUCGCCGAAGUACGCAACGUGGAAACGAGGGAAGGCCUGUUGUGAGCACACCUGUCAUUCUUGGUCCGAAUCUCUACAAGUUGGACAACCGAAGGUUCGUUCUGCACUAAAUGCUUUUGCACCAGACAAAACUACAACGAUGCAAACUUCCAGAUCUAGAUAAAGGGCACCAAUAAUGUCUCACCGAUACUCGUGCUGAGCACCAACUCAGCUCAUUUGGCAAGUAAAGACAGGCCGCAGCUAUCAUUACAGUCUCCAACAGACUAUUUCGUAAAGGUACAACAAACCCCCAUUAUGAGGCUAGCACACAAUUUUGGGGUCUUUGCAGUUUCCAUACUUCUGGAAUCUCGUUAGCCCGAGACAAACGUAUUUUAAUGUGUAAACACAGACAGCCAGCCGUCGGAAACCGGCUAAGCUGUCAACUCAACAAUUACGCUGAUAACUCACAGAACUAUUCCUUGGGGUAGUACGGUCGCUAGUGAAGCUUUGUUCAAGUAAGGCCUUACCAGCCAUUUACGGAUUGCCAAGGAUCUGAGACGCAAUGUCCCUUUUAUUUCUGGAAUGCUGGUAAUUAUGGUUUUAUGAACGAGGAAAAAUGACGACACAAAAUGGGAGUAUGGAGGAAAAGAUGAGGAGAAACAGUCAUAUCAAAAUGAAUUAUUUGAAAUCUGCCAUAACAACUAUGAAUUACAUCAGUCUAUUAGUUGUCUGGUGGAUUUUGGAUGUUUACUUAGGAAAUCCUGCAUGAGCAGUCAGCUUACUGUAUCAGAUUUGGUUGAUCCAGACGUCGCAGUAGGUUGGGCGGGUAAACUUGACCCAAAUGUAAUUAAACUUGCGUCGUGCGGUGGGGCCUCGUCACUCAGGUCACUAGAGAAUUGGCUGUACUAAAGCUUUCCGCUUGCUGUCAGUGGUACGACUCCCACCGAGGCACCGAGUUUUUCACAGUUGGGUCAAAAUGAGUUAUUUGAAACCUGCCAUAACACAUAUGAGCCGUAGCACAUGAGCCUGGUCGUCAUCUGUUGGAUUCUAAAUGAGCAGAAGUUUGUUUAAAUGCUCAAAUAGUCCCAGUUCGAAAAACGGUGUGUCUUAUCAAACUGUAAACUAACUGGAAGCUCAAAAUGCCCCAAAGUGUACGAGUCUCGUCUUGACGGGAAGGGAAGGUCUCGUGGGAACCGAUAAAUACUUGGACGUAGUCCAAAGUAAAAAAAACGACCUCUGAGGCAGCUGUAUAGUGCCCACCUCCCUCCUGUCAUGAGUUAUUGUAAAAACGCAAUUCGAAAGUCAACCCAACACCGAAAUGCGUGAAUAAUAAGCUAAACCGUAAUUUUAAACCAAAAUCAUUAACCGUAACCGCAAAUCUGACCCUAAAAAAGCCCCAGCCUCAACUCCGAAACUAACCUCAACUCUAACACUAAGACCAACCAGAACCUUAACUCUAAAACUGACGCCAACCCUUAACCCAUAAUCGACCUCAACCCUUAUUUUGUAAUCAAGCCUAGCACGUACCAUAACUCUAAUUCUACACUCAUCCCAGACCCUAGCCAUAAAUCCAUGGACGCAAUACAAUGCAAUACAGCAGCCACAGAACCGUCUGAACGGCGGAAAAACCCUAAUGUACUACGACUGUGCCCCUAGGUCCCCUCCUCCAAACCUUUGCCCUGUUCGCCAAUUUCCAACCCCACCAGCAAGAAUCCCAUAGUCCUUAUCCCAAUCUCAGAAGCUGAACAGCAACAUGUACAGUAACUUGAAUACCGAGUGAUCGGAUUCUAACUCGCAGUAUUACAGGCCCACCCAAAUCAAAUAAUUGACCAAGUACAUAGUAAUAAAAACGUGGUGCUACGCAUUAGAUCCUUACCUGCGAAUUAAUACAUGCUGUAUGCAGCCUAGUCAGGAACCAGUGAAUCGCCGGCCCCCUUGAUGUGCAACAACCAAAGGCUCAUGUGUCGGUGCAGGAAAGAGAUAUUUGCCCUAGGAAAACCUGGGUUCUGAAUACUUGCACGAAAAUUCGACUGUCGUUACCGACGAUUUUACAGUGUGCCCCAUUGUAUGGUGAACGCAGGGACAGUGACUCGCGCGCGAAUUAGUUUUUAGUGAUAGUAGACUUGCACCGCGCCCAUAGCGCUCUCUCCGUUGUCACCCGCCAGAACUCGCUGUCAAGACAGAGUCAAGAAGACCGGAGGCGAGAUCGGGCACAGUAUCUGUCAAAGCUAACCAAUCCGUCUACGAAUGCCACGCACGCCUGGUCCGCCAACUAUGGACUGUGUUUGCGCACGAACGAGGCAGAGGCACGGCUUGGAUCCUAACUGAGCGGGAGUCCCGUAGAGGUCACUUUCAGAUCAGAUCAGAUUUAUUAAGGGAAAGGUAGGCGAGCGCCUUUGAACUCCCUUUUGGUUACAAUAACGUCAUAAAAAACAAUGUGUAAGGCAAGUGUGAAAAAAAUUAGGUAAGUAAUUGCAUGCAACAAGCAUUGGUCACUGGUAUGAAUUUGUCUGUGUAUGCCUUCUAUGUCAAAAUUGUACAAUCUCCAGUACGGUACUGAAUGGACCAAGUAAUAUCGAAGCAAGCGCAUAUGUGGCGGUGAGGAGAUAGCUAAAAUUGUAGAACGUAAUGUUACUAAAAUAUAGGGAGUAGCAUGCUUUGUAACAUAAAACGUUGGGUGGGGCGGGUGGUACAGGGGGGAAAUUUGUUAGUUUCUGAUGCUGUGGAGGUACAUAUCCCUGUACUGGUCAAGCUUUCUCUUAAAUGAGUCCACGGACGAGGAAAUGACGACGUCCAAAGGCAGGGCGUUCCAUGCCUUUACCACUCUGUGGCUGAAGAAGGACAUUCUUGCGUCCAGUCUCGCUCCUGUCACACGUAGUUUCAGAGGGUGUCCUCUCAAGCUAGUAGUGGUGGCCAGCUCAAAGAAGUCGCUGGAUGCGAGGAGCCAUUGAAGUCUGAAUCUCCAUCCUGGAAAAGUGACCGGGUUAUCCGGCCAGUUAUCAGCCAUCCAAGCCACGGUUUUUUGCGCAUCGUAACAGUUUAAUAGCGUGUUAUAUUCUUUAUAUUGAGAAAUAUGUGCUGAGCGCAGUGGGAAUGAAGUUCCCAGAGUCGACCGCUCUCUUCCCUCUCCGAGGCACCUGUCCACUAUCCCAUCCGGUUAGCCAGCUGAUGCGGGUACUGGGUGCCGGUGGCUGGCACAGCGUGAGCCGGCGACUAGGCGUACCACCACACCCCGAUUCAUGGUAUUUUUAUGACCGCGCAGCCCAAAUAACGCGUGCCGAACCCUCAUCUGGCCCUCUUGUCGGUCUAACACAUCUACCACGUGGUUAAUUGUGGAGGCAGGAAUGCUUACACAGAACAGUGAUGCGCACAUGUUUUGCCGAACCAGUAAGUCUUCUUCAAAGGCAAGAUGUCUUUAUAUAUUCAGAAAGUAAAAUGAGUUAUUGGCCAAGAUUCCCAAGGUCAUGAGCCCUCUUGUUCAACAGCUUCAGUAUUGCCGCACAUCCAUAACCCUGACGUUAAUUAUUUCUGUUUCGAGGGCCCUAAAGGUAGGGCAGUGUACAUCAAGUCUUAAGGCGAGUCAAAAGCGCCUGUGGCAAGUCAGAUGUUGGACAACUGCCGUGUCAUUUACGAAGUUCGACCUCUUCUCCAGCCGGUUUAAAUAAUUACAGCCCUGUAAUAAGGCGUAACUCAUUAUCACCACCUCAUCUACGUUGGCGGAUGACUAGGUGUCGUAGCCUGUCAAUUACUGUCAACGCCUCCCUUUGAUAUUCUUAAGUCAAUUUUUGUGGGAUUAAUCAACUUUAUUCUGUGGCCCUGUUUCGUAGUUCCUUAUGUAACUAUAAUUUACAUAUUUUUUUUCUAAUAAGAAUUGACUCGCCGCCUCCCGAAGCUGAUGUGAUCUUCAUCAAUGGAAUGCACGGCAGCGUCUUUUAUACUUGGCGUAAACGUGUACCCAAAUCUUCCGGUUCUUCGAGAAUCCACGCGGAACCUUCCGUCUGCUGGCCAAAAGUUUGGUUUGAUUGCUAUAUUUUUCUUGUAAUUGAAAGUCUGUAUAAUCUUUUGGCAGAGAAUACAACUGGGCUCACGCUCUCCAGCCAUUAAGAGCCUGUUGAUCCGACCAGACAGUAGGAGAACGCCCCCUAUCCAGUUUUGACUAUGUUUCCCCCAUCCACGGCCAGAGCCCUCAGGGGUUAUCAAAGAUCCACAAGCGAGCGGUAGGGAACAGGGAUAUUGUUGACAGCUGAAAGACCAGCACAGUUAUUUCGGGCGAAUUUGUAGAUAUCUGGACGCUGGAAUUCAACAAAACUGACUCGACUCUGGCUGGCUGAGAACUGCCAAACGAUCCCAAAUCAUAAUAAUCUUUGUCUCGUCAUUAUCGGUGUACCUGUCUGCUAUCACAAUUUUGCUGAAAAAGUGGUUAAGUUAUUACUUGGAAUUAAAAUUUACACGAAAGUGCUGUUUUACAAGCAGACUUUAGCAAUGGGACUUCCAGCAGGAAUUUUUUCACCAGUGAAAUGCACGAUAAACUUAAAACGCAGGAGGCUCGCGACUUUAGGAAAACAUCUCGCUGGGUGGCAAUGUACUCUUCCGAGUUCCUGGUAGCGACCGUCACUGCUGCAGAAUAUCUCUGCCCUCUAAGGACACUGGGUUUAAAAGUAGUACUCGAAAGCCUCUCUACCGUUGUGUUGGUUUAUCCUCGGGGUCUGACAUAUUUACUAGCUUUCUUCCGUGAUGUUGCGAAGGUGUUACUAAACGGUUUUGCCUAUUCCGAUCGUUUACCUGUAGCAUAUUUCAUCCAGCUACUUGUCCACAAAAUCAUUUUCAACGCUAAACCUAUCCACGUCCAAAUACGGACUUAAUUAUGCAUGCGUUUCCCUCACCAGGAAUGGCUUAGUAAGGAGUUUCCGAACACGAGGAUUAUUGGUGUCGACGCCAAUCUGCGGUUCUUCGUCUGGAAUGAAAUCUGCUUCGCCGAUCAGUUAAUGUAAUUUACUCUUUUAAUACUUUUGACGGCCUUUAUUCGACCCACCCAUUAUGGCACAUCACUGUUAUUUGCCUCCGGCGAGCAAUUAUGUAAUUCUUCGGACAGGACCGAAAGUUAGGACGGUUACGUGUUUAGACAUAAACCGAUAAGCGCAGUAUAUGCGAGCAUACUCAGACGAGCUGACGUUUAGUUCGUCCACCCUCAUAAGAACACAUAAACACGUGGAAUAUACGGCACCAGUCAAAAAAUAUUAUAACAGAAGAUUUAAAGGGUUGGUUUUUUUCAAAGGAGUUUGCAAUGAAAAUUAACUUGAAUAUCUCGUUAGUCUGAGCGAAAACCAAUCCAAGCAUGUUCACCCAUGAUAUCGAGAAUCAUCUAGACACAUUUUUUCACAAGGACUCGGAAUACCGUGAAAACCACAUAUCUAAACACUGCUGGAGACACCUGAAGACCACAUGUUGGAUGUAUGUCGAGACUUCAAAUUAGAUAAUCACGAAAUAGAGUCGAUAUUUCCUAAAAGCUGAAUUGCUGACUAAGUUAACCCUCAUGGACUUCAACAACGACAGAUUUCCGAUAUGCGACUUUAGUAAUUAGAAAAGUAUGCGAUGAGGAUACGCUCACCUUGGAUAAGUUCCUACCAGAUCAGUAAUUUUUUUCUAUAAAUAAAAGGUCGAUUAAGUCGUGUAGGUAUUUAGAGAAAUCUAGGUAGGUUUGCCGAUUCACGAAGGUGGAAUGGUGGGAAUAGUGGAGGACAAGUAUACACACUCAGUGUCGUCCAGUCAGCUAAGAGUACUGUGAGUGGAACGAGAGUCGGGGUGAUCAUCUUUGCCUGAGGGAAAGCCUGAAAAAUUGCCUUCAUUUAGCCGGUUAAUUGGCUUUCGACCAUGGUAAACGCAGGGCCAGCAUGACUUUAAUUUACGCGUGCAAGACCACAGGACGUAAUCUAAUGGGGGGACGUUUCUGCUGUUGCUAGUUUACGCUGGCCUCAUUUUUUUCGCAUAGUUCGGUGAGACAUUGUAAAUCCUUUAUUGGGCUUCCCUGGGGUUCACACGAUGUUCGAAAUCAGUCAUGCGUGUGGAGUAGCGUGGCCUUGGUUCAUAACUCCUCCCCUUCUCACCCAUGUUAAUGCGCGGUGUAGCAGGACAUUGGUCAAGGACAAUGACUAGACUUGAGCAACUGGAAUGGUCCAUAAAAUGCUCGGCCGAGACGUCUCCUUAGGUGUUCUCUCAGCAGUUUCUUCGAAAGGUAACUUUGCGAAAGAUACUUUUCUGCUCUGCUGUCAGUACAGUGGGUUUUGUCGGACUUUUAGUAAUCUUCCCUACAAUAAAUCGAUCAGGGUACCCGUUCUUUCGAAGUAAAUUCUGGAUCUUCACAAACUCUCACUUAGUACCACCUAUCGAACAAACGUUUCUAGCCUUUUAUUAUAAACAACAAACCAAAGUGUGCGAAAGCUCUAAAGUUGAUUUAGGUCGGAUAUGGUUAUGUAGCCCUACCUGAAGUAAACAAACCCCAGUCACCUCUAAUACGGGACUGGUGGUAAUAGAGGUUUUUACAGGUUGGGCCGGGGAACGCACAGCCGACGAGGGCAAGUACCUGCAUGCAAAAGGAAAGAUGUUGGAAAUGCGCGGUUGUACUUUGAAUAGUUGAGAAAUAGUUGCGCUAAACCUUAAACACUAAUCCCUAAUUAUACCCCUAACGCUACCCCCUAGACCUAACCCGUAACCCCACCUGCAACAGUAUUGUGUCCAUCAGGUGGGGCUACCAAGCCACAUCUUACGUUGUUUUAUUGCCCCAGCGAGAGUUUCUUCCUAUGAGCGCUUUUCCGAACACCGUCAUCAAGUCUUUUACUUAAAAGCACGUCAGAAAGGGAGAAAACCUACCACUGUCCUCCUCAGCAUGAAUUAGAUCGGCGGAUGCGCCUGAUUUACAAUGUCGAGGAGAGCAGCCUCCCUAAGAAUAAAUUGACUCGGACAGGACCAAGAGGCACCUCAUAGCAAGCCCGUCUACUUGUUUACGCAGAUCGUUGUUAAAAAGUAACUACGCGUUUAACAUGCAAUCAUGCUAUAUUGCCUCGAAUAUGUUUAUUGGUAUUCCCGUUUCCCAAUGAUUGGCUGGUGGGGAUUCGCAGAGUUAGUCGAAUGUUUUGUUGACCGGUUCGUUUAUAGAGUAACGAAAUGCCUAAUGAGACCAGAAGGCCUAAUGAUGACCAUUAUGGUUGGGCAAAAGACCUUGGCAUCAUCGACGAAUUCGAGGAAAUCCCGGUAACUAAAUGAGCUAGCCAGCAUUGUAGGAAUUUGAAUUUCUCUGCUAACCAUUUCGCUAUCUCAUGUUCAAAGGAGUUUCGCGCAUCCGAAAUCCGACGAACUUGCGUGUAGUUUUUGUGUCUUGAGUUCGUCUGGACAGUAUUUUCCAUUGAUCGCCUACCUAAAUUCUUCUGGUAUGACUACAAUUAACUAAAAUUAGCUAGUGUUGACUUAGAGCGUUGAAUUUUGGCUGCAGAAUCGAAUUUCAUCUUGUGUGUUUAGUCCCAGAAAUUCUCAAACUUGGUUUCUAGUUCUAACGGAUGAACAUGUCCGCGAGUGAUGCAGAACUUUAAAUUAAGAGGUACUGCUCCGAAAAACCUUUUCCGCAGCGGUGUAGAUUGAUAGUUUUGCACGUACCGGCCUCAUUACUUUUAGAUACAUUAAUCCCAGGUCUUGCAGUUGCCAUGUCUUAAAGCUUACUCAAAGUAAUUUUCCGUGCCUCUUCGCCCCUCGACACUGCUCAUCCAAACACUCUCUUCAUCCAUACUACUCACUCCCAGCUGACUAGACAACACUGACUGUCUCCUCCUGUCCUUCCUUAUUCCCCACUUUCCACCUUCGUGAAUCGAUGAGCUUAACUCGACUUCUGUAGGUACUCGCGUGAUAUAAUUAACAGCUGGUCGGAAUUUAUUGGGAAGACACGUGUGCUUGCCGCGUAUUCAUUGACUCUUUCAAUAGACUUUUGGAAUAUUUCGUUACCCGACUUUUUUCUUACCACCAAUAGAGUAAGUAAGCCCUACUUAUAUUUGGUUAUUCGUCCAUCGUUCUUGUUAGGAGCGAGUCUGAGAAGCUUUCCUUUGGAGGAUUUACUCCAAGGUCACUCGUUAAUGCCCGAAGAAAUUAAAAAAAUCAACAGAGAACGCGCCCGCUGGUUACGUCUUGCAGCUCAGCCUAGAGCCCCCGCAGGCAGUCGCAUUACGACCAGUCUCCUGUGUACCGAUGAUAUCCCAUUCGGAUGACUGUAUUAUACAGUUUCGUUCGAGUCUUGACCUGAACUUAUAUGGUUGAUUUGUGUUGAUGACGUCUAUGCCGAUCUACGACAAUGUAGUGGCGACCGCGCUUUCCUAUUCAUGGGCACGAUAAGUGACACAGGACCAACAUCUGGAUAAAGCCGAGCGGGAACUUAACUAUGAUUGAGCUCGGCCACAUCUGAUAGUUGUAUUUCGAGCACGUCGGCCUCCUCCAUUUGUUGCAGCUCGUGCUGUGUGUGUGUGCGCUUUAUUUCUCACUGUCAUCAGACCAAAUCUUGAUUAACCUGAGAAGAUGAAAUAGGAGGAAUAACGGAUUUAUCCUGUGCAAAACCGUUGGCUACCGUCUCAGGCAGCGGCGGCUCCUGGAGAGACCACUGCAUGUGUUGGCAGCGUUAAGACCUGCCGGGGAGAGGGGGGAAAGAAAAUCUGCGUGGUCUGUUGCUUUUACUGGUUUUCAGGGGGCGAUUUCAAUGGCCUUGUGUUUUGGCUUACCCGAACUGAGGCACGCCAAUCAUGGACGAUCGCUGCAUUUUUGUUUGUUUGUGUUGCAGUCGGACUGUUAGGUAAGGGCGUUUGUGAGCGUCCGCUCUGAAGGUGCAUGACCUUCAGAUAACAAUGCGUUGGACGAAAUUGUUGCGUGUCGUUUUGGCGGUCAGCAACAGAUCUCGACUCCUUGAUUUCUGGCGUCAGUGCGGGGACUCUGUUUCAAGAAUGUGCGAGGGUUGCCGAUCUCAACUGACUUGAAUGAUUGUCCGCCCACAGGCCCGAUAGUUCGGACCAAUAUAGAGACGGAUUCCGAUGACCGUACCCUCUUCCCCUCUUGUAUAUUACAGAAUGACCGAAACAUCCACGUACUAUACUCGAACAUUACAUAGAGGAAAUGCGAGCUAUCUUUCCAUUAUGAGCCUAGCCCGUAAUUUGGUGCUUGGGGUUAUCAAAACUACUGACAAAUAGGGUAUAUAUUUUCUCGAGAGGUAUUACUAUCCCCGUAAGGGAGGUUUAAAUGACGAUGUUCGACUCCGUUGCCAUCGUCAACCAGCCUCACCCUUACAAUGACAUUAAAUCAAACAGCCCACUACUGAGCCACAUGUCCGUCACUUUGUCUGCUAGAAGCUGGGCUAUUAAAACACGGAAAAUUGCUGUUCCUCCACCUUUGCUGAUUGCAGGCUGGAAAUUGCAUAACUCCCCUUUUGCCUUGGCGCUCCGGCCUAGAAUUGUUGCAGGCGAUCGCGUGGCGACGGACGGUCAGGUGUUACGGAAUUGCCCGCAUUCUGUCCCGCAGUGACGAUUGACCCGCCAGCGCCAACUCCCUGUUUAUAUAUGAUGAUGUGAAACUGCUUCAGAGAAAUCUGUGUUCUCUACACGGAGUGUUUAAGAUCUGCAACUAGUCCUCCUGAUUCUAACUAAUAAGUCUUGUGACGUUAUUUGGACAGUAAUCAUUCUUUAUGCAGUUGCCUCCGAUCUUGCCUACUUUAAUCUGUAUUUUCUCUCUACUGCGUAAAAACGUUAUCCGUAAAUUUUGUUGUGAAUUCGCUUGCGUACUUACUGCACACGAUCCCUGAAAUAGUUCUUAGUAGCGACUGUUUAAUAUUACAACCACUUUUAUAAUUACAACUCUACUUUUUGAAGACGCAAAAUGAAAAAAAACAUAUGAGAUAUCUGGCUAUGUGAACCAUGCAAAAAUCAUUUAUGCGUUUCCUUAACUUUAAGAAUUUGCAAGUAGUAUGUAAUUGUGGGCUUAAACCGCAUACAUAUCGACUCUUAUGCACGAAGUUAUGUAGUUUUAACGAUUUUGCUGGACCACUUACUUUGGAACUUGGAUUCAAUCAAAAGGCUUGGUUUCCCUAGUAAUAAUAUUCUACACGAACAUCUGCUUCAGGCGUAGUAUCGACCAAAGGGCACGCAUCAUCUUGCGCCAGCUUCUGGUCGCUGGUGUGGGCGAGCGCCCGAUCAUCUGGGUCAGCCACUCGGCUGGAGGUACGUGCUAUAUAAGACUCAGAGUAUUGAAUCAAAUUAAAAAUUCUGACUAUCGAAUCGGGUGUUAAAGCAAUAAAAGCGAAGAUGAGGGUCUUAGAUUAUUGUCGAAAAAAGAUGAAAAGUGCAUUGCGGAAGUCUAUGUCUAUGCUUGUUAUCCUAUCUAUAUCUAGGGUACGUUCUUUUUGAUCUCUACCCGAGGCCUGAAGUCUUUUCCUGUUCGUGCGCAUGCAGUUACUUACCGAAAAAUGGGAAGGGGAAGAGAGCAGUUAGGGACCGGAGCCAUUGGACCCCACAAUACGGUGGAUCCGAUGCAAACAAUAUGCGCCUAGGAUUUUGCGCAUGUAGAGUGUAGAAGAUCGUACAAAGACACACAAGUUCGCCUUUAUCUCAUAUCUUUCACAAUGUGGAGUCAAGAUAGCAGAUCCCGAUGGAGGUAAACUGAGCAAAGAGCAUCCGAAUCUUAGACGUAGACUGCCCGUGUGUUUUAUGAUGGCUCUGAAAAGGGAAAGAAGAGAUUCCCAUUUUCUUCUUCAGUGCUCUAAACCGAAUUGUUUUUUUUUCUGGCACCGACGACCAAAAUUGAUAACUUCAAAAUAACAUCCAAAAACGGGCAACUAGCAGAAUCAUCAAAGCUCAGAAAGGUCUUCAGAAAAUGGGUCGCUGUUGGAGAGCCGAAAUUACUUCAGUGUGUUUGAGGUUAUACCAACCUUCUAGCAGUGUGUAACUCAAAAGGUAUCCUUUCCGGCACCUUUGUGUUCGUUUCACGUGUAGUCUCUGCUGAUAGUUUUCAGAUUAAUCCAUUUUAGUAAGACAACGUAUUCUUUUCGGUGGUAACGUUCCUACCUCACCCCGGCUCUGGAUGGAGUCACGCGGUAUCUGUCCCCUCUGUUGUCAUUCUACCAUUCAUCGGUCCUAUCAAACGUUAUCUAUAAACUCUGAUAUAGUCUUUAAAUUUGACUCUUCUGCUGUCUCUCUGUCUGAAUCAUAUCUGGUCAGUUAUAAAGGGCAACGGCACUUUUCGGCAUGCAGGCUGUUUGCCUGUCUGUUUCUUCAGGACUACGUAUGUAAACCUUACUAUAAUCUAAUAGUAGCGAGGUUUUUGGUCUCAGCUGCGUUUUCUGACGGGUUGUAAGAUAAACCAACGAGAAGUUGCUCGCUUCCAUUAGGUCCAGCUUGCUAGUUAGGGAUAAGGGAGAGACGAUAGAUCGCACCAAACAUAGCUCAACGGUUGAGCACAUGGAGCUUUAACUGCCUCUCACUGUGAAGCUGCAAGCUACCUUAUGUCUCAUGACUUUUUUUAAAAAAAGUAAUAGCUGAAUAGUAGAAUUACGAAUUACGACAUAUCCUAUCAGUGGAUAGAAAGUUUCACUAUUCCGUAGUAUGCAGUCCGUCACACUGAUCGUGGAGCUCUGCAUACUUAAACAUUUAAUUACAUUUAUGAAGAGAAAUGAAAAAAGUAAGAUACAAAAAACUGAUUAUAAUAUUCCAGUGACUUAUGUCUACACUGGUUUGAACUUGCAUUUUGUUUUUCCCUCCACCUGAGUGGCGUGACGAGGCACUCUCGUUGCAAUUUUAGUUAACUCAAAAUGAGGACUCCCUUUUUUAAAUUUACGGCUAUAAAACAUGCUUUUUCGACUUUGUACCGCACUGCCCUAGGCAUAUUAAACAAGGAAAUCUUGCGAAUAUCCGCCACGCACUUUGCUGACUGGACAAAGAAUACGGAUCCAAUUGUACCCUUGGAGCUCUCAGAAGAAAUUUCCAUUCCCUUCAAUUCAUUUGCCUUCUGCGAUAACUGUGAGUCAGAGAACCAAACAGCGUCACCCGCUAAGGUCGUUCGUGUGUUACCUCAGGUCGCAGAAGUGGCGAAGAAGUCCAGCCUAAUCAUUUUCCUGAGCGUUCCUCAUCGCGGUGGAGUGAACCUGAAUCAUUAUUACUUAUACCCGAUGAUCACUAAGCUGACACCUGAAGCUCUUGACCUUCGGAAAGGUAAUGGUUGCCCUCACUGCGUUUGA